AUGAAGGUGUUUCUGUCUCUUCUGCUAAUUGCCAUCGCUUGCAUGGAGCUCGCCCAAACCUUGCGAUGUUACACUUGCCACGAACCUACCUCUGUUGAUAAGUGCCUGACGAUCCAGAACUGCAGGAAGAAUGAAACCAUGUGCAAGACUACUAUGUAUUCCCUGGAGGAUGUUUAUCCCUUCACGGGAAUCUCGACUGUCACCAAGAUGUGCUCUUCCAUAUGCAUCCCAUCCGAUGUGGAUGGGAUUGGCAUGACACGCCCUGUCUCCUGCUGUUACUCUGACUUGUGCAAUUCUGAUGGUGCAGCUAGUUUGAGGAUCAGCUUUGUGCCAGUUGGGUUGCUAGCAAGUUCCCUUUGUGUCCUCUUCUGGACCAGACUGUGA